AUGGGUCACAGUGCAAAAUUUGGAUGCUACAGUCUAAUUGACAUUGAAUCAAACAAGCUUCUUACAGUUAACCUCGUACAGUCAAAUGAGACCAAAGGCAGUUACCACAUGGAGCUGGAGGGCUUAAAGCGGUGCCGAAGGGAUUUGGAUGGCUUUCAAAUAAAGGCUUUGGUGACAGACAGACAUUGUCAGGUAGCCAAAUGGGUGAGAGAAAGCUGGAAAGUACCCCACUUCAACGACUGCUGGCAUGUUGUCAAAGGUUUAAGCAAGAAAUUGGACCUGCUUUCCAAAAAGAAAGGGUAUGACCUGGUUAAGGAAUGGACGAAGGGCAUCACAUAUCAUUUAUAUUGGUGUGUGAUGUCAUCUGAGCCUGGAGAUGAAGAGAGUAUUAGAAAGAAGUGGCUGUCAACAGUGGACCACAUCCAAAACAACCACGAAAAUUGUGAAAGCCAUGGACCAGGCCUGAAGAAGAAAUGGUUCAAACCAGGAACUGAGUGCUUUGUGGAUUUGGUGGAGCUCCUUACCAAGCCUUACUUUUUAAAGGAUGUGGAGAAAAUGUCUGCGCAUGGGCAAACUAGUGGAAUUGAGUGCUUCCACAGCGUUAUCAACCAUUUCGCCCCCAAAAUGUACACAUUUUCUUACUUUGGGAUGCAAAGUAGGCACAUUGGAGUCCCCAUGGGUCGAGGGACGCGGAAUUCAAGCCUGGAUGGUCUGUUAUGCAUUGUGGUCGUGGGCUGA